AUGGAUGUACUAACUGGAAAUGCUAUCCAGCUUAUGUAUGAUGGGUCCGUCCUUGUGGCUCCAUGUCUCCAAAUAUCUGCUAUAUCUAACUUUGGGGAUGGACUUGAGCAUGGCAAUCGUUAUAGAGUUGAUCUUUCAGAUGGCAUUCACAAACAAAAGGCAUCCUUGCCAAAAAAAUAUAAUGAUGACAUAGAUUCCAAACGACUCAUGAUUGGCUCCAUUCUACAGCUAACAAAAUAUAUCUUUCUAAAUUCGCAUGGCUCCCGGCGGAUUGUUAUUCUAGACUUAGAGAUUAUAUGUACAACACAUGCUACAGUUGUAGAACCAAUUUUCCUUUGUGUAAAACAGGAAGACGUUGUAGUACAAACUACGCCUCCUCUAUGUGAUGCAAGUACUCAGCCAAGCACAUCCACAAAAUAUCAGGGUUUUGGGCGACAGAGAUCAUUGUUUGAGGUCAGGAAACCUCAAAACGUGGGUAGCAUACCUACAACGAUAACUCCCAUAAAAAAUUUGAAUCCCUACCAACCAAACUGGUCCAUCAAGGGUCGUGUCCUAGUGAAUAAGGACAUCUAUCACUAUAAUACAACAAAAGCAAGUGGUGAUGUUUUUAGCUUUGACAUUGUAGACAGAGAAGGUAUUGAAACACAUGUUACGUGUUUCAAUGAACUUGCAAAAACCCAUUAUGAUAAUAUCCAAGUUGGAGUGGCAUACAAAUUAUCUGGGGGAGCAAUCAAGUUAGCCAAUAAAAUUUACAACAAACUCAACAAUGGACUAGAAAUAACCUUGGUAGAUGAUUCAAAGGUUACUGCCUGCAAUGAUGACUCUUCUAUACCCAAGCAUAGAUACGCCUUCAUAGCUCUUGAUCAAGUGGCUACUAUAAAUAACAACUCAACCAUUGACGUUAUUGGAAUUGUCAUUAGUGUUGAUCUGAGCUCAACAAUAUGUAAAAGAGAUGGUACAAAGGUUCCUAGGCGUACCAUUAAGUUAGUUGACAUGACUCGAACAACCAUCGAUGUUACACUAUGGGGCGCAAUGGCAAAAAAGGAAGGUACAACAUUUAAUACAAGCCUCACCAUAGACCCUCUAAUCGAGGAAUUGGCCCAACUAAAAGAUUGGUACAGCCAAAAUGUUCACACUGAACAAGGAAUUUUCCAUCAACUUGUUGCACCAGCUCCUGCCCCUCAAAGAAUGACAAUUAGUGAAAUUCAGGCACAUGCAUCAAAUUCAGAGCAACCGUUCUAUUGCAUUCUAAAGGCAACGAUACAACAGAUAAAAUCUAAGUCAUUUUUCUACCAAGCAUGUCCCACCCAAGAUCACACAGAUACAAUAUGGGAAAUUGUAUUUGAUGAAGGGGCAAUAGAACUCAUGGGCAUGCCUGCAAAAACAUUAUACAUGCUUCAAUCCGAUGACAAUGCUGAGCAAAGCACCGCAGAUGUCAUAAAAAACGUAACGUAUAAUCAAUUCCUCUUGAACCUAACAUGCAGAAAUGAAACAUACAAUAAUGAAGAAUGGCUAAAGGUUGCCAUCACCAAUGCAAAGCAGCUAGAUUUUGCCUCAGAGAACAGUAUACUUCUAGAAAAAAUAAAAGAAAUGUUUACUGAUACAAGCCUCUAG